AUCAACAAAGUGCACGACGCAAACAUCCGGUUCUUUUCGUGGGUGAGCUUGUGCUUGUGCUACACGGUCUUGCCAACUAUCUUAUGGCGACCCGAAGACAGACCACCAAAAUCGAGGUCCCCAUCCCGUCCAUUGCAAACGGCACAAACAGUGCUACCGUUAAAGUACCAGACAAGCUGGAUUCACCACCGCCUGGCAACUCACCAUUCCUACCGACCGUUCUCGAGAUUGUCCUCCUUGCCAUCUACCCAGGCACGCUCCUGCUAGGCUCGUUGUUUAACGUACUCCACCCCUCGACCCGCAACGCGACCUACAUCGCACACUAUCAGGCCUACGAUCCAGCGGAGGCACCCAGCUACUUUGCAAAGAAGGGCAACUUCUUCAAUGUCUACUUUGUCAAGAUAGGCUGGUUCUGGACAACUCUUGCGUUUGUCGCAUUGAUUCUAACUCACCCGAGUCUCGGUCCACCACUGAAGCCAGCGCUCACAAGGCGGAGGUUGCAAGCAGCCGUGCGGUAUGUGUGUAUCACAGCGGUGUGGGUCGCGGUCACGCAAUGGUUCUUCGGCCCACCCAUCGUCGAUCGCAGCUUCAGGUGGACGGGCGGAAAGUGCGAGACGAUUUUGAGUGACAGCGCAGCAUCACAGGCGGAGAAGGCCGACAUGGGUGAGGUCGAGCGAGCGUUCACCCACGCAGCCUGUAAAGCAAUUGGUGGACAGUGGAGAGGCGGACACGACAUUAGCGGACACGUGUUCAUCCUCAUUCUCGGCAGCGCCAUGCUGUGGCUGGAACUGCUGCCAGCCGUUCUGAAGAUGGAGGGCUUGAGGGAGGCGAGGCGGAUCUUGACGCCGGACGGACUCGUCAGGAGUGCAGCGGUGGAGACAGACGCGAAGGAAGGAGGUGCAAGCGACGAAAAGCCCAAAGAGGCCGCUGUUGGUCUGAGGGUGGCGCUAGUCGUUGCAAGCAUGAGCUGGUGGAUGCUGUUGAUGACGGCGGCAUACUUCCACACCUGGUUUGAGAAGUUCACUGGCCUCUUGGUGGCAUUCGGUGCUAUCUACAUCGUUUACUUCUUGCCAAGGGCGCUGCCAGUUUGGAGGCAGGUCGUUGGCAUGCCCGGCGUGUAGAGCCGGCAACUUUUAGCGCAUCGCAACAAAUCCCACUCCAAGUUUCACUGGGUUCAGCUUGGCUCUAUUCACCGACUCGCUCAGCUGUCUGAUCGCUGGUGACCCCUUUUGCCACACCUCCUGCCUUCUCCUCCGCCCGGCUUUCGCCCACACGAAGUUCCGCAAGCAUCUCAUUGACGCUUUGCCUCGGCCACUUCUCCCAAUCGCCAGCCCCGUCAAUCUCCGGGAGCUUCUCAAUGACCGGCUCACCCUCCUCAGACGC